AAGGCAUUUUUAUGACACUAAUGGACAACUUGCAGAUAACCUCCACAUACAGCUGACUCGAAUUUGUUUUGAAAACAAAUGGGUCCAUCAAGAAUAAGGCAUACUAAUUAACUACUGUGUGUGAGACAUGAAAUCACUCACACCUAUUAUUGGUCUGACAAGACCAAGAUGGAAUGUACACACUGCAGCAGCCACAUUGAUUCUCACAAGGUCCAUUUCUACCCAUUAUGAUACUCUAGGAGUUAAAAAGAAUGCCUCCAAUGAAGAAAUAAAAAAUGCUUUUGUGGAAUUAUCGAAAAAGUACCAUCCUGAUGUGAGCACUCACAAAGACACGUCACAAAAAUUUGCAGAAGUUGCUGAAGCUUAUGCUGUCCUAGGCAAUGAAAAGUCCAAGAGCUUGUAUGAUGCAGUGUUUAACCAUCCAUUAUCCCCUGACCACUCAGGAGUCGGCAGUACCGGGGGAAAACGUGUUAUGUAUAGAUCCAAUGAUCCAAAUGAUAACACCUUUCAUGAUCUGAAACAGCGACAGUAUCAGAAGGUGAACUUCGAUAAAGUGGAGUUUUCAGCUAGGAGAAGAAGCAAAGAUGAUUAUUUUGGUAACGGGAAUGCCGCUGGGCUUAUAACAGCAUCAUUUGGCCUUACUCUAGGAAUUGCGACAUUUAUUAUGGUACAAAUGUCGCCUGAAGAAAGGGUUCGAAAGAGUCAAUCAGAAAGUCCACAUAUAAGGGAGAAACGGGCGCUAGAAAUGCAUCGAUUGGUAACAGGGAGGAGUAAUUACCAGAUGGAAAAGAUGAAUCUUGACAGACCAACAGAAAGACCAUCAGAGAGACUACGGGAGUUGAAAAUCUAAUACGGGGACAAUGUUUUAUCUUCCAGCUGAGCUCAGAGGUGCAACUCCCAGGGGAAUAUAACUCUAUCACUUUCAACAGGUGCAAGGCUGACUGCUAGAUACGGAGUCUGUCCCCAACCUCUCAACAGCUUGCCUGUUAUUAACGCUGAAUAGAGUUGGAAAAGGUGUUUGGUACUUGUGAUUCAAAAUGGAAAGCUCUUUUUAAAUCAUGACUAAGAGAGUAAAUCUUAAGCAUAUUGUGCCUUAACUAUAGGUUUUAAUUAAAUUUUAGCACAAGAAUUUCGUGAUUUUCACUAUUAUGUAUGUAAUUAUUUUACAUGUCUCCUCUGAAAUUACUGAGUAAUAAGUCAUGUUAAAAUGACUCAGUGAUUGACUAUAUUAUGAUAUUGCAGACCUAACCUCAAAGAUAUUAAUGCAUUUACCGAUUUAUCAUUUCAAAAAGAAAAAUGAUGCAAUUUCAGAGGUAUGAAAUAGCCAUGUCAAAUUUUCAUGUGUAAGUAAUGUCAUGUAUGUUGAUACACAUACAAUCAAGGGUUCAGAUUACCAUUGAAAAACUGAAGAUCUUGCAUGGCAGUUGAAAUGGAUUCAUUAUUUGUCCAGUAUUAUAUGUUUUUAAUAUACUACAUUUCACAAGAUGAUUAAGAAGUCUGUGUGUAAUUUCUUUGUUAUUUUGUGACACCAAAUUUCAGUCUUUCAGUAGGGUUUUAAGUGAUUGUCUUGUGAGCAUCUGAGAGAGAAAUAUGGUUGAGAAAGAGAAUGUUUUUAGGUUGUGACAAAAAAAAAAAAAUCCCAUAAAGGGUAAUUACUUUUACUGUGCAUUUCAUGUACAAGGUGGAAGAUUGUUUGUACAUAAUAAAGUAAGAUAAAAAAUAUACAGUGUACUCACUA